AUGAUACGGCGGCGUUUUGAUAAUGUGGUGCAAACCCUGCAUCUGUCAAUAUUAUUCAUGAUCUUCUUCAUCUCCAUAAAACCAGCACUUUCCCAAAAGGCCCCCAUAGCAAAGCCCAACUGCAACGACACCUGCGGCGGCGUAGCCAUCCCAUACCCAUUCGGCACGUCGGAAAACUGCUACCGCGGCAAUGUCAGUUUCAGGCUCGUCUGCAAUGAAACAUUCGACCCGCCACAGUUACUCCUCGGAAACAUACCAAUCACAGAGAUAAACCUCGACGGUCAAAUGAGAGUGAUGAAGCUCAUAAGUCGAGACUGUUACAACCCUAACGGCACAACAGCUGUCCGGACGAGGUCAACGACGAGCCUGUCAAGAUUCCUGACGGUCAACAACACCGCCAACAAGUUCACUAUCGUGGGGUGCGACGCAUACGGUUACGUCUCCGGGAGACGCCUGAACAGAAACUUCACCACCGGCUGCACCGCCAUAUGCGACUCCAUUGCUGACCUGGAGGAAGGCUCCUGCAUGGGCUCCGGCUGCUGCCAGACUUCGAUUCCCGAGUUCGUUUCUGUGCUCGAUAUUCGAUUGAGAAGCUAUUCGAAUUACAGUGAUAUUCGAGAUUUCAAUGACUGUGGAUUUGCUUUCAUUGUUGAGGAGAAUUCCUUCAAAUUUUCGGCUGAUAAUCUUACAAACUUCAAGAAUGUUUCCAGGCUGCCUAUGAUUAUCGAUUGGGCUAUCGGAAACGAGACCUGCGAAUCGGCACAAAUGAACCUGACCAGCUAUGCUUGCGUAAGCCCUAAUUCUACUUGCUACAAACCCGAAAAUGGUAACGGAUACCGGUGUCGUUGCCCCGUCGGUUAUCAAGGAAACCCUUAUCUCAUCAAUGGCUGUCAUGAUAUAGAUGAAUGUGAAGAUGAAGGUGUGAGUAAGCUGUGCAAACAUGGCUGCAAGAACACUGAAGGCGGUUUUUACUGUCCUUGCCCGAAAGGGCACCGAGGCGAUGGAAAAAUUGGUGGAGAUGGUUGCAGUCCUAGCAAUUCGAUUACAUUAAAACUUGUUGCAGGUUAG